AAGAUAAUAAAAGUUGUUUCCCAUAAAGUUAUUUGUUACACGUUCGGGUAUUUUAUUAAUAGACGGUUUUCCAGCAAAAAAAAAAUCUUUUUUUAGAUUUAAAGAAUAAUCGAGGUGCAACCGGUUUAUUUAUCGGUGUUCUGGUGGUGACUCCCGAAGCAGUUUAUCGCCUCAACUCUUACCUGGUAUACCGAAUUUCAAUAGCAAAUUGAAUCGAACAAAUUCCAGAUAAACUCGCGGUUUUAACCUUGACAUCGUGACGCUUUUUUGUAUGUUUGAUUUUCGUUUGUUAAAGUGUUUUUUUUUUCUCGUCAAUUAUGAGUGCGACCACUUUAGCCAGACAAUUAAUAAAAUUGGAGAAACGUUUCUCCUCGAGGCAUUUCUCUCUCGGUAAAAAGAGCAACAUGAGAUACGUGCAAUAUAAAAGUAAAAAUGGAGGUAAGCAGCAUCUGGGUGCGCAGAUUUCUAUCGGUGGUGAUAUUGUUGAUAUAAGUUCGGUGGACUCCAGUAUACCGAAUAAUUUGGUGGAUUUUUUGAAGUUGGGCAGUCCCACCUAUGAGAAGGCUAGAAGAAUAAUCGCAGAUAGUAAAUCGGUAACACCCCUCUCGGACGCCAUCUUGCUGCCACCUAUAACCAAUGGAGACAAGGUCGUUUGCGUCGGUCUUAACUACAAAGGGCACUGCGACGAACAAAACACACCAUACCCCAAAGAACCGAUGUUUUUCAGCAAAUUCUCGUCAGUAAUCGUGGGACCUAAUGACAACGUUGUCAUACCUCCAAUCACAAACCAAGUAGACUGGGAAACAGAACUGGCUGUAGUAAUCGGCCGUCAAGGAAAAGCCCUGAGACAAGACCAGGUGCAAGAUUACAUCUUCGGGUACACGGUGGCCCAAGAUAUCAGCGCUAGAGACUGGCAAAAGACCAGAAAUAACGGACAAUUCUUGCUGGGGAAAUCGAUGGACACCUUUUGUCCGUUAGGGCCGGCCGUAGUCACCAAAAGUAAGGUGAACGUCAACGAUUUGACCGUCAAGACGUGGGUGAACGGCAAACUGAAACAGAACGGCAACACCGCCGAGUUGAUUUUCACCGUGGACUUCCUGGUGUCUUAUCUGUCACAAAUAAUGACUUUGUACCCCGGAGACGUAAUCCUGACGGGAACUCCCGCGGGGGUGGGGGUGCACAGGAACCCCCCGGAAUUCCUGCAGCCCGGUGACGUGCUCGAGAGCGAAAUCGCCGGCAUAGGACGGCUGAGAAACGUGGUUACUUCAUAAAUUAAAGAAAAAAUAAAAUUGAUGUUUUAAUAUAUUGUUUUAUUAUAAAAAAAAGGUUUUUUUUAAAUUUAAUUUCAAUGAAAUCAUUAAACUUCGUAUAAAAAUGUAAAGUGCGGCCCUGUCGCGUCAUGGUAUACGUGGCAUGCCGGUGUGUGUCGAUGCGCGUGCCACUGGACAUCAAAUAAGAGGAACGACAGGACCGUAGUAGGUUUUUUUAUAUUUGAUGAAAAUUGAAUGCAGGUAGAACAUAAACAGGAUGUUUAUUUAUAUAAGCGUUUAGCCUUGAUUUCUAACAGGCAACAAUAAAAAGGAAAUUGGUUACACGUUAACUGAAAUAAUAAUUAAUUAAUGAAAAGUUGUCUAAAACCAAACAAAUAUAUAAAUUUUUUUUAAAACUUAA